AUGUUCCAAGAUAGCGUGAACAACGCUUUCACCCACGACUUGGAGCUUUUGAAGUCUCCCACCGCUCCGCUAAGCGAUAAGAAGCGCAUUCUCGACGUUCUUUGCGACAAGGUGUUCCCCUAUCGACUCCAUAACGGCGAUCGGAGCUUUCCACCGAUCGAGUUCUACUUCUACUUGCUAUAUAACUCGCUGAACCGGGAUUUUGAGUGGCCUCUCGCAUUCCGUUGCGUGACCUACUUUGAUCAGUCGUCCGCAGCUACAGUGGACAAUGUCAUCCAGGAUCUCGUCAGCUCCAGAGAUGCUAUUGUGGCUUCAGGCGUGCUCACCGAAUCUUUUGGGCAGGCCAAGCCUCCUCAGAAGCAUGCACGCUCUCGAAGUGGCUCGGCCAUGAUAAAUCACGCAGGCGUGAACAGCAACGAGCCUGAAGAGUUUCUUGCGCCUCCUCCGAAGAGGGCCAGAGCAAUUUCAAUUGUCAGAGAGGUUCCUGUCGACCACAAACAAUUGAUUGCUACCGAACUUGACAAACCUUGCUCGUUCACUUACCGCAAGCUUAUCAGUAGCAUAGAUCACUCCACGAACGUCGAGAAGGCCUACUACCGCCAUGUUCGUAAAGAUGCACCUGAUGCCGCCGAUGAUCACACCUGGCCAGACACUCGAGACAAAAUGUUUGCGUACAUUCAGCAGGCAGUCGAAGCCAUCUUAGACACAUCCAACUUCCACGAGAAGGACAUUGCUUUACAAAAAGCACGGGCUUGGGAAGCUUAUGAGGUCACAAAGAAAGUUGUCGAAGAUGAAAUGAACACAUUGGCAGCACAACCGUCCCGUAAAAGGAAGAGACAGACCGAGAUUCCGAAAAAGCCCUCUCCAAUGACGAAGCUCGAGACGACUUACGCCGAUCCGAGAAGCAGCCCUUCGAAGCUUCUUCAAGCUGCCCGUUCGGCCACGAGUGUCCAGGCUGGAAACACUAUGAGGCCAAACUGGGCUAGCAGCGGUACUCCGAAAUGGGAGCAAUACCCAUCAUUCGCAUCUCGCUGGGAUGCCGUCUGCGAUAACCUUCGGAACUGGGGAGAUCGAUCGACGGCCGCCCCAGCUGGCGAAAGAAAGCUUAAACUCGGCAACAAGGCCAUCAAUGCGAAGCGCGAUGUACAGAAUCGCGUUGGCCGCGAGACGCUUCGCCGCGAAUAG